UCCAACCAAUGAAAUGGCUCCUCGAAAUGAAAUCUAAGACUAGAGUAACCAAUCGUCAUUCUUGAAAAAUUUAUCGUGUAACAUGUAUGGCAAAUAAAAUAGCUCAGCUGACAUAUACAUGGUAUAUGUCAUGGUGGAAGUGUUUCUUUCAUCAUGACGCAGCCCAACAUAUAGCAAAAGUAGAUGGAAAAGAAGAGAAAAAGCGUGAAUCAAUAGUUUAUUGUCGUUAUAUAAUAAAAUGGAGCAAUUGCGUUCCUUGAACAGAACAGUCAAUAUAACCGAGCCGAUAUUGGCAGAGGACAGUACGUUUUCUACAAUAGCGUUAUCGCUGAGGGCAGUGUUAGAACAAUUGGAUGAAAAUGCUAAACACCACGAUUAUCUUGUUGCCUUACUGCUUGUUCUGUUGGCAGAGUCCGGAUUUGGCAUUUCGUCCGCUUCUGAUACUCCAAAAUGGGAGCAAAAUACAAGAUUAGUUUAUAUACCUAAAAAUUGGAAGUCUCAAGAAACAGGAGUGUAUGAAAUAUAUUUGACAUUGCGUAAUGUAGAUCACAUUAGAUCAAAAUUAAUUGUGAUAACUUGUGGUGAUAAAUUGGUACUUAAUAUAUUGUCGCAUAUACGAGAUGUGAAGCUUUAUAGCAUGGUUGUACAAACAUUAAAGUAUGUGAAUCCAUACACAAAUAAUUUGUGUCAUCGAUAUAUAAAUCUCAAAGAGAUAUCACAUAGAUUUAAAGACAAAUUAGUCAUGCCUUUGCGCACAGACAUAUUGUUAGUAGUAAAUUUGAUGGGUCCUAGUUUGGAGAGUCUGCCAAUAGAAUUACGUACAAAAAUCGCAAAUAUGUUGACUAUGGAAUAAUUUGGACAUUUGUCAAUACGCUCUAAGAAAUUUUAUAAUUUCUUCCAAAAAUCAAAAGGAAAUUGUUAAAAA